AUGGAUCUCUUCAUCUUCCUGGUGAUUUGUCUUUCUUGUUUGAUUCUUCUUUCUCUGUGGAACAAAAGCUAUGUAAAAGGGAAGCUCCCACCUGGUCCAACUCCUUUCCCAAUUGUUGGAAAUAUUCUACAGUUAUAUAAUAAGGAUAUAAAAAAAUCCUUAAGCACAGUAAGUAUGACUAAUUUUCUUUCAGUUUAUGGCCCUGUGUUCACUCUGUAUUUUGGCAUGAAGCCCACUGUGGUGUUGCAUGGAUAUGAAGCAGUCAAGGAAGCCCUGAUUGACCGGGCAGAGGAGUUUUCUGGCAGAGGGAGUUUCCCAUUGAUUGAGAAAGUCUUACAAGGAUUAGGUAUUAUUUUCAGCAAUGGAGAAAGAUGGAAGCAAAUCCGACGUUUCUCCCUCAUGACUUUGCGAAAUAUGGGGAUGGGGAAGAAAACUAUAGAAGACCGAAUUCAAGAGGAAACUUUGUGUCUGGUGGAAGCCUUAAAAAAAACCAAUGGAUCUCCCUGUGAUCCUAGCUUUCUUCUGUCCUGUGUUCCAUGCAAUGUGAUCUCCUCCAUCAUUUUUCAGAAUCGUUUUGACUACAGUGAUCAGAAAUUUCACACCUUGACUAAAUAUUUCAAGGAAAAUGCAAACAUUGUAAGCAGUCCUUGGAUACAGCUCUACAAUGCCUUCCCUAUUUUACAUUAUCUCCCAGGAAGUCAUAAUGAGUUCUUUAAAAACUUUGCUGACCAAAAGAAGUUUAUUUUGGAGAAAAUAAAAGAACAUCAAGAAACUCUGGACCUCAAUAACCCUCGGGACUUUAUUGACUAUUUCCUGAUCAAAAUGGAAAAGGAAAAAAACAAUAAACAGUCUGAAUUUACCAUGGAAAACUUGGUCAUUUCCAUAUGGGACAUAUUUAGUGCGGGAACAGAGACAACAAGUACCACAAUGAGAUAUGGGCUUUUGCUCUUGUUGAAGCAUCCAGAGGUCUCAGUUAAAAUCCAGGAAGAGAUUGAGCGUGUGAUUGGAAGACAACGGAGUCCCUGCAUGCAGGACAGGGGCUGCAUGCCCUACACAGAUGCAGUGAUACAUGAGAUCCAGAGAUACAUUGACCUUAUUCCAAAUAAUUUGCCCCAUGUGGUGAUGAAGGACAUUCAGUUCAGAGAAUACUUUAUUCCAAAGGGUACAAAUAUAGUAACAUCUCUGACUUCUGUCCUUUAUGAUGAAAAAGCGUUUCCCAACCCAGAAAAGUUUGACCCCAAUCACUUUCUGGAUGCAAGCGGUAACUUUAAGAAGAGUGACUACUUCAUGCCCUUUUCAGCAGGAAAAAGAGUUUGUGCUGGAGAGGGCCUGGCCCGCAUGGAGCUGUUUUUAGUCCUGACCAAGAUUUUACAACAUUUUACCUUAAAACCUCUGGUUGAUCCAAAGAAAAUUGACACCACCCCUAUUUUAACUGGUUUUGGUUCUCUACCCCCCUUCUAUGAGCUCUGUUUUAUUCCAAUCUGA